AUUCAUGGGAAACUCGACUCAUUCGAGACCUGUCGAGGGGUCGACGUGGUUUUCACCGCUCGCGUCGCAUCUUUGCGUAUGGAACGUUCGAUUGUCCGGUGCGGUGGGGUGUUCUCGUAGACAUCGAGCCGGGGGCGUCGGCUUCGCUGGCUUGGGGUAUCGCUCAGGACGUAGGGGACUUUCAAUGCUCUGCUCGACCAGGUUAACCCCGGAACCUUGCGAGAAAACCGAAAGAGAAGCUCAGAGGUCUACCGAUGCAAGCGCGGCGCAACAUGGAGCGAGCAUGGCUAUGUGGCAGAGAUUUCGAACACACCGCGAUGAAUUUUCUUAAUGGUACGAAAAAAUGCCGGAAUGAAGAACACCGGGAUAGAACUUUGUGCUUCGCUUUCACAGAUGAACACGGUCGGACACAAGUGCGUGAAGCCCAACGGCGACAAGCCCUCGGAAUUCGAGGAGCUGAUCGCCCGCACGCUCCUCGAGCUUGAGGUGAGCUCUGAGCUCCGCGCUAAUCUGAAAGAACUGCAUUUCGUUUCCGCGGAGGAAAUCGAUUUCGGAGACAAGAAGGCCGCGUUGAUCUACGUGCCUUACCCCCAGCUGAAGCAGUACCACAAGAUCCACAACCGUCUUGUGAGGGAAUUGGAGAAAAAGCUGAGCGGAAAGACCGUGAUUUUCAUCGCUCGACGAAAAAUCCUGCCCAAGCCGUCUCGUAACUCGAAGAGACAGCCGAAGCAGAAGAGACCCAUGUCUCGUACCAUGGCUCACGUGCACAACGCUAUCCUCGACGAUAUCGUUUAUCCCGCCGAGAUCAUCGGCAAGCGAAUCCGCUAUCGUUUGUCCGGGAGCUGCCUGUACAAGGUGCACCUCGAGAAGAACCAACAAACCACUUUGGAACAGAAGAUCGACACGUUCUCGUCAGUGUACAAGAAGCUUACUGGCAAAGAAGUGGCUUUCGAAUUCAGGGAGCCUCUUGUUUAGACUUCAGGAUUCGGAAGAGGAUUUCGGAAGACAAAAUAAAUCGUCUGUCCCGAUGUGACAUCCUUACGAGAA